AUGAAAUUUCUCAUAGACUCAGGUACAGAUGUCUCUGUCAUACCCAAGUCAACAAAAUUAGCUCAUGCUCACCCAUCAUCAACACUCUUGUUUGCCGCGAAUGGCUCCACCGUAUCCAGUUACGGUGAAGUCAUGCUUAAACUUAAUCUUAACCUGCGGAGGGAAUUCCUCUGGAAUUUUAUUGUCGCAGACGUAUCGCAAGCCAUUCUUGGUGCCGAUUUUCUUGGGUACUAUGGCUUGAUUGUCGAUUUGCAAGGCCAGCGUCUUGUCGAUCGCACAACAUCGCUUAAAUCACCGUGUAUAGUAACGCAAGGCCAAUUUUCGAAAAUCUCAACAAUCAACACUUCGCAAAAAUUCUCAGGUAUUCUGAAGGAAUUUUUAGAACUCACGUGUCCACCAGCGCCAGGCAGUCGAACCGACGCUUCCAUAGUUCAUCAAAUCACUACCACCGGUCAACCUGUGUCUGCCAGGCCACGACGUCUGUCUGCUGGGCGAGCCCGCUCCACCUCGUUCGGAAAGCUGACGGAUCAUGAAGACCCUGCGGCGACUAUAGGGCAUUAA